GAAAAAGAAAAAGUGGAACACGCAUCGCACGUGACCACUGAAAGAUGUUGGAUAUAAAGUAACACAACUGCGGCGUCUCUUUCUCAUAUAAUCUGCUCAUCCCCUGUUUAGCCCUAAUUUCGUUUCGAAACUUCAGGCGGACAGAGAUAAAACAUGGGUGGAAGAAGCUAUUCUCCUUCACCGCCUCCUAGGGGUGGUGGUGGUGGUUAUGGGAGAAGGGGAAGGAGUCCAAGUCCCAGGGGACGCUAUGGUGGUGGUAGUCGUGGAAGAGAUCUCCCAACAAGUCUUUUGGUUCGGAAUCUUCGUCUUGAUUGUCGGCCUGAGGAUCUUCGGAGGCCAUUUGGACACUUUGGUCCUUUAAAGGACAUUUACUUGCCAAGGGAUUAUUAUAGCGGGGAGCCAAGGGGGUUUGGAUUUGUGCAGUUUGUAGAUCCCGCUGAUGCUGCAGAAGCAAAAUACCAGAUGGAUGGUCAGGUUUUUCAAGGGAGAGAAUUGACAGUUGUUUUUGCUGAGGAAAAUCGAAAGAAACCAACUGAUAUGAGAAUGAGAGAGCGGAGAGGCGGUGGCAGAUAUAAUGACCGCAGACGAUCACCUCCACGUCGCUACUCUCGCUCACCUCGUCGCUAUUCGCGCUCUCCACCUCCUCGUCAUGGCAGAUCACGGUCCCGCAGCCAUGAUUACUCGCCUGCUCCCAAGAGAAAGCAUCACUCGAGGUCUGUUUCACCUCGCGGAAAAAGGUACAGUCGAGAAAGGUCAUAUUCACCCUCGCCAGCGAGACAGGGUUCUCCACCUUACAACGGUGGGUCCAGGAGUCGUAGUCAAAGUCCUGUUAAGGACAGGUCUCCUCCACCCUAUAAUGGCUCAAGGAGUCCAAGCCCGGGUCCUGAAAGAGCGAGACUGCCGCCAACAAGCCGAAGCCCAAGCAGAAGUCGAAGCCGUAGCCGAAGCCCUGAUCCACGCGAUUACCCGAGAGGCAAACCAGACAGGGAUGGUUCAGUUAGCCCUUGAGUCGGUAUCCGAGUGAUUUAGUUGCCAAAAGGGCUCUUGUGUUUUUAGAAUUUGCAUGUUUUGACUCUUGUUUUGGUGUUGGUAGUGGACGGUUGUUUUGAGACUAUUAACUUGAAUAUUAUGGUUGUGCAACUGCUAAUGUUUUUGACUAUGAAUCAGCAUGUUUGUUUGGAGUUUU